GUUUCGGUGCAGGUACUGGAGCGAGAGCAAACAAUAUGGUCUCUAAGGUCAUCUUCCUGCUGGUGGCGGCGGCGGCUGUGGCGGUGGUGGCAGACGAGCGACCAGUUUAUUCUUAUGAACCCGCAUCGUCAGAGGAAUCCGACGAGUCUGAGGAAUCCUUCGAAUCCUACGAAUCCUAUGAGUCCACAGAGGCCAAGUACAACUUCAACUGGGCCGUGAAUGACGCGCCAUCCAACAACGACUUCGGCCAGGAGGAGGCCCGCGACAACGACGACACCAAGGGCUCCUACUACGUGCAGCUCCCCGACGGCCGCCUGCAGAAGGUGACCUACUACGUGGACGGCGACUCAGGCUACAUCGCUGAGGUCACCUAUGAGGGCGAGGCUCACUACCCAGAGUCCGUUGAGUCCUACGAGUCCGUUGAGUCCUACGAGUCCGCUGAGUCAUCUGAGGAGGACUCUUAUGAAAGACGCUAAGUCCCCGCGGCCUCCAAGGGACUCGGGACUCUCAGGACACCAGCUCACCAGUGAAGGAAAAGACACUAUCUUAUAAAUCUUUGGUUCUUUCUACAGUAUCAGCUUUCUGUCGAUCAUCACGAAGGCUCAGGACUCUCCACGUCACAGCUUUACUCUCGUGCUCUUACUAAUUCAUCCUUGUAUUUAUUGAUGUAUUUAUUUGCUUCGUGAGAAUAAAUCGGCAUCUCGAUGCCACGUGCAAUAAUA